GGUCGCAGCGCUGCAAGCCAAGACGCGUCAACGUCACUAUUUCUGUUUCUGUCGCCUCCAUUUCGCAUCGCCGGAAACCUGAGCCUAGCCCUAGCAAUGGAGUCGCCGCCCUCGUUCUCCGACUUCCCGGAGGACGUGCAGCUGCACGUGCUUUCCUUUCUCUCACCUGCCGAGGUCUCCGCCUUCGCCUGCACCUCCCGCCAGUUCGCCGCCCUCUGCAGCGGCUCCGCCUCCGAUAGCCCCGUCUGGCACGCCAUGUGCCACCGCCGCUGGGGCUGCAAAACCCUCAUCCGCUCCUGGGCCUCCGGUGGCGCCCGCAUCCCCUACGCCCGCCUCUACCGCGCCCUCAACCGCUGGGAGGCCCUCAUCGGCUUUUGGCGCCAUAUCGGCCACGGCACCCCCGGCACCCCUCCCCUCCUCUUCUUCGAAUGGGGCCCCUCCUACAUCACCGGAUCCCGCGUUUCCCCCUCCGCCGAGCUGGGCUCCCACGGAGUCCUCAAGGUUCCCUUCAUCUGGCUGGGCCUGUCCGCCCACGGCGAUCCCGUCAGCUUCCUCCAUCCGGGAUGCCGAUUCGAGUCGCCGGGCGAAUUCUUGACCUCGGCUUCUGGAUCGUCAUCAUCGGAUUCCGAUUUGGUGCCAGUGAGCGUUAGCUUUGUGGGCUACAACCAUUUUGUAGUGGAGGAGAGCCGGUGCUUUUAUGAGGCUUGCGGCGGUGAUUCGGGGGUUUCGGAUGAGUUGGCGGAGAUAGAGAGUACGUUGCCGCUGGACCGGUUGAUGUCGGAAAUCUAUCAGUACUUCGCUAAUCGGACGAGCCCGGGCGGCGACAAGGAUUCCAGAAGGCAGAGGAAGAAGGAAAGGGAGAAGCUUGGGAGGAGGAGACUAUGGGAAACUGAGCAUUUCGUCAAGAUUGCCAACUAUCAACCCACUCCAUCACGGCCUUUGCAAGGUUUAUGGAAGGGGAUUUGUGACGACAAUCUCCUGAAAUUUUACCUAGUUGCAUAUAAUGAUGCCGGUGGAAUAACUUGUAGACGAGUUGGCGAUGCAGGGGAGCUAUUCUCUGCUUAUUCCCCUGUUUUCAGGACUUCUAACACUACAUUUCUUGAGGCCCCAUUUUCUAAAGAGGAACAGGAUCUGUAUGGUAGCCGCAAGCACAUAUGCUCGGUGGCUUCAAAUUGGAGCAACUUGGACAGGGAAGUGGUCUCACGAAUUCUCUGUAUCAACUCUAGUUAUGAACUGGUGAUUCCAGGCCUAUAUGGUUCUUCUGGUGAUCCAGGAAAUGGGGAGGGUAGGAUAUGGGAGUAUGAGGAUGGGACUUUCGGGUUCGGAUUUCUUCGGAACCACUUUAUCAUUGACCUGAAGCACAUCACUUCAAAUGGGCAUCUUCUUGAUACUGUAGAGCAUUGCUGCAACCGUUCUAUUGUAUAAUGCUUGUUAUAUUUGUCGCAUGUAGAAUAUCAAAUAAGUCAUAACUGUAUGACUUGGCAGUGUAAGUGUUAUUAUAUUUAAAUAAAUGAUUUUCUUAGAAUUUGUGAAUAGAUGGUUAGUUCUUCAGGUUCA